AACAUGAAUAAACAACAGUUAAAUUUAAUAUAACUGGCAGGCUAUAACUUUGUUUUCAUGCGUGGUCAUUUGCAAAAAUUAUUGUUAGAAAAUAGCAGAACAAGCCCGUCUGCAAGUCUCGUGCGCUGCUGUGGUUCACUCGGGGCUUGUUUGUUUUCAUGCCUAGAUAAAAGCAAAACUAAUUAAUGCGAAGUUUUAUACCUUAAUAGCGAGGGUUUCAUAAUUUUAAACCCGUCAAGUGCAUCAUUGUCACCAUUCCAGUUUCGUUCGUCGCGUACUCUGUUUACUGGCCGCUGGCUGAAAGUCUCUGUGCUGUCUAUGAGCAGAAACACCGCGAAAAUAUGAACGUGCACAGUGCAGUUCAUUAAUUUACCUUCAAACGCCUACAUCAGAACCUUAGACUACUUAAAAGCGAAAAUAGGCGUCUUUUUUUGAUAACAUGGACCGCCAGAAACAUUGUUCACUAAAAGUGUAUCAGUCUACUUCUCUGAUAAUAGCAUUUAAAAUACAUUCAUGAUGAGUUAUUCAGAGAAGACUGAGGAUAUUACAAAGGAGGAAUGGAUGGAUAAACUGAAUAAUGUGCACAUUCAGAGGGCAGAUAUGAACAGGCUCAUCAUGAACUAUCUAGUAACAGAGGGAUUUAAAGAGGCUGCAGAGAAGUUUCGUAUGGAAUCUGGGAUUGAGCCAAAUGUGGAUUUAGACUCUCUGGAUGAGAGGAUAAAGAUCAGGGAAAUGGUUUUGAAAGGUCAGAUCCAGGAAGCCAUUGCUCUCAUUAACAGCCUCCACCCUGAUCUCCUCGACACCAAUCGAUACCUCUACUUUCACCUUCAGCAGCAGCAUCUGAUUGAGCUCAUCCGUCUGCGGGAGACUGAGGCGGCCCUAGAGUUUGCGCAGUCACAGCUCGCCGAACAGGGAGAGGAGAGCAGAGAAUGCCUUACUGAGAUGGAGCGAACCCUGGCACUGCUCGCAUUCGACAACCCUGAAGAAUCGCCGUUUGGAGACCUGCUUAACAUGAUGCAGAGGCAGAAGGUGUGGAGCGAGGUGAACCAGGCUGUUCUAGACUAUGAGAACAGAGAAUCUACUCCAAAAUUAGCAAAGCUGCUGAAGCUUUUACUGUGGGCUCAGAAUGAACUGGACCAGAAAAAAGUGAAAUACUCCAGAAUGACAGACAUCAGCAAGGGCACCAUUGAGGACCCGAAGUAGAGACUGUAAUCCACAUGGACACAUUUGAAUUUAUUGUCUUAUUUAUGAACAGUCAGUGACUGGAUAGCAAAUAUAAAUCUAUAUCUAAUGUUGUUUUUUUCUUGAUGCCACUAUAAAAAGUAACUUAAGCAACAGUAUAUGAUUUUAUUUCAAACAAAAUUAUACUGACUGAAAACUGUAAACCUAAAUUUUUAUUGUAAUCUACCAUUUACUAUGCUGGUAGCCUAUUUUCUGAAGAACAUGAAAUAUUCCUAUGGUACUGUUUUUGCUCAUUUUCAGUCUGUCGUAUCAUAUGGGUUUUGUAAUUUUUGUUUUAUUUUGUAUUUUAUUUCAUCCUCUUCACUGGUUUCACAUACAGUACUAUGUCCUCGUGCUUAUAUUAGGCUGUUUCUGAGGGAAAUAUUAGCUCCUGGAUAGAAAGAAAAAAAACUGACAUAAUAACUUAUUUAUCUUUAUAAUGGAUCAAACAACUUUAUUUUUUAUUUAUGAGAAGCUACAGAUGCUGAUAAUGUGAGUAAACCGUGUUGAGUUUUAGACCUUCGUUAUAUAAGCUAUUUUAAAUUCAAAAUUAUGCCUUAUGUUUAUGAUUUUUUUGUCUUUCCUUUUUGUUCAAAAUUUGUACUGCUUGUUUGGGAUAAAGUUGAUUUCACAGUA